CGUCGCUAGCUUGACACUAGUUGUGAUGUUAGCUUGUUUUCUUGGACGCUCCUAGCUCUGAUCUCACCGCCCUGCUAAUUGCCUCACGCCCCCCUCAGGAAACCAUGGCCUCGGAGGCCUCGGGAUCCCCUCAGUCGUCCCAACAUGACGCGGUGCUACAGCAGCGAGUGGCAUCUCUGGAGCAGGAGAGGGCCGAGUUCAUCAAACUCAAGCAGCAGCUGGAGGUGGAGUUCAACCAGAAGCGGGCCAAGUUCAAAGAGCUUUACCUCACCAGGGAAGAGGAGCUGAAGAGGCAGACAGCUGCACUGGAGGACGCCCAUUCCGAGCUGAGCUCCGUCCAGACCCAGCUCUCUCAGGCCCAGGCUGAGAUAGAGACCAUCAAAGCUGUGGCCACCGUGUCGGAAAACACCAAACAGGAAGCCAUCGACCAGGUCCGCAGCCAAUGGCAGGAGGAGGUGGCCUCCCUGCAGGCCAUAAUGAAAGACACGGUGUGUGAGUAUGAGGUCCAGUUCCACCAACGCCUGGAGCAGGAGCGUGCCCAGUGGAACCAGUAUCGCGAGGCGGUGGAGAGGGAGCUGGGCGAGCUGAGGCGCCGGCUCUCCGAGGGUCAGGAGGAGGAGAACCUGGAGGAUGAAAUGAAGAAAGCCCAGGAGGAUGCAGAGAAGCUGCGUUCAGUAGUGAUGCCUAUGGAGCACGAGAUCGCAGCCCUGAAGGCCAAACUGGCCACAGCCGAGGAGAAGGUGAAGGAGUUGGAGGCCUCGAAGGUCAAGGAGCUCAAUCACGUUCUGGAGGCUGAGAAGUCGUGUCGUACGGACCUGGAGAUGUAUGUCGCUGUGCUGAACACGCAGAAGUCCGUCUUGCAGGAGGAUGCGGAGAAACUACGGAAGGAGCUUCAUGACGUCUGUCACAAGCUGGAGUUGGAGCGGCAGCAGCACAACCAGCUGAAGCACACAUGGCAGCGAGCUAACGACCAAUUCCUGGAGUCUCACCGCCUCCUUAUGAGGGACAUGCAGAGGAUCGAGAGCGUGCUGUCAUCAGAACAGCUCCGCCAGGUGGAGGAGAUGAAGAGGAAAGACCAGGAGGAUGACGAAAAGGAGCGCCUGAGUCAAGUGAAGGACCUGCAGGAGGACAACGGAGGAGACAACACCGAGCCUUUGGAGGACUUAUUCCUCGGCCUCAGCGUCGAGGAGCCCCAUGUGAACCACAGCGCCCACGGCUCUAUGCACUCCUUAGACACUGAUGUGGUGACGGGCAGCCCCAUGGACCCUUACAAGGACAACCUGCGGCGAGUUCAGUCCACAGACAGCCUCGGUUCCUCGCUGUCCAUCCAGCAGGGUCUUGGCGGCCAGAACCACAAGGCCAAAUCAGCAGGCCACUUAGACGAGUCGGACUUUGGGCCCUUGGUUGGGGCCGACAGCGGGGUGACAGACAGUAGUUUUGGAGACACUGCUUCAAUCAGCUCAAUCAAGCUGCCGACAAGUCACUUCCUGCUGACUAAAGACCAGGAGAAGGCGAUCAAAGCCAUGACCCCGGAGCAGGAGGAGACGGCGUCGCUGCUGUCCAGCAUCUCUCACGCCCCAGACACCGCUUACUUACCGCCUGCCGGCUACCGGCUCGUCAGUGACAGCGAGUGGAACCUGCUACAGCAAGAGUUGAAAAAUGCUGGCAGGAAGCUCGGACGAAGGUGCGACAUGUGCUCAAACUAUGAGAAGCAGCUUCAGGCCAUCCAAGGACAGGAGGCUGAGACGAGAGAUCAGGUGAAGAAGCUGCAGGUGAUGCUACGUCAGGCCAACGAUCAGCUGGAGAGGACGAUGACUGAGAAGCAGAAUUUGGAAGAUUCAGUCAAAGCAGGAAACGAGGAAACCGCUGCUAAGGUAUCUGGCCUCAUGCAGAGAGUCCAGGAAUCAGAAACACUGCUCAGCACACUACAGCAAGCCUUCAGUGACGCUAAGAGGAACACGCAGGAACAGAUGGCGGUGCUGCUGAAGUCCAGGGAGCAGGUGGCAGAUGAGCUAAGUCGACUACAGAGAGAUAACGAGAGUCUGCAGGGGAAGCACAGGCUGCAUUUAGAACUGCAGCAGCAAGAAGACUUCCAAAUGCCCACUACUGUUCACGUACGUGAAGCCUCAGCACCAACCAUAACACUUCAGUGGUACUUAUUGAAAUGUGUCUGAAAGGAGGCAUCCAGA